ACACGGAAUGAACGAGAUUGGAUGGGGACAACGAGCCUUGGCAGCAAUGAAGUCAAAUUCAAAGUCGACACGGGAUCUCAAGCUAACAUCAUACCGUAUUCCGUCUACAGGAAUCUUCGGCCAAUGCCGCCUGCCAAACACCGCAACACCACUCUGCGGUCAUACGAUGGGACCAUCAUCGGACACAUAGGCGUCAUCAGCCAAGAAGUGGUCAUCGGUGACAGACGCCAGCACUUGACCUUCUACGUCUCCAAGAAAGGAAGACAGGCACUACUCGGGCUCAAGGCGAGUGAAAUGCUCGGGCUGGUUACCAGGACAGUCGACGCAGUGGCAGCAAACAGCUCCGAACAAGUAAUGCAAGAAUUCGGCGAAUUAUUCGAAGGUACCGGCUGCGUGCCACGACACUACACGAUGGUUCUCUCCGCGGAUGCUGUCCCAGUGGUUCAAGCCGCCUGCCGAGUCCCGUUAGCCCUGAAGGAACCACUUCGCAGCGAGCUGAAGCGGAUGGAGCAAGCGGGUGUUGUGGUCAAGGUGAACGAGCCAACUGAAUGGGAGCAACACGACCAGCGCUUGAGAUCAGUCCUCGCAGCUGCAAGGCAAGCUGGACUGAAGCUAAACGCCAAGAAGUGCAAGGUUGGUAUUCAAGAAAUCGAAUUUCUGGGGGAUAUUAUCUCCAAAGACUGUAUAAAACCCAAAUGACGGCUGAUCGAGUGUAUGAAACAGACACCCAUGCCGACAGAGAAACAGGGAGUGCAGCGUCUUUUGGGCGUAGGAAAUUAUUUUUCCAAGUACCUACCCUCCUUGUCGCAGAGGACGGCUUCCUUGCGCAGCCUAAUCAAGCAUGAUGCAGCAUUUGCAUGGACCCCAAACCACACGCAUAAAUGGCAGAGUAUCUGCGGCAGUCUUGGCGAACAGCCACUGCUUGCAACCUUUGACCCUCAGAAGGAAACAAAAGUGACGUCAGACACAUCAAUGUGUGGUUUGGGCUCAGCUCUCAUGCAGUAUCACGGAAGUGAAUGGCGUCCUGUGGCGUACGCAUCAGGGGUGCUGACUGACGCGGAACAGCGUUAUUCACAGAUUGAAAAGGAAACAUUAGCAGUGACGUUCGGAUGCCAAAAGUUUCACUACUUCAUCUAUGGUUGACAGAUAACCUUGGAAACCGAUCAUCGGCCGUUGAUAGCUAUAGCUCAAAAAGCAAUCGCCGAUAUGCCGCCUCGAUUACAAAGGUUUUUUCUGCGCCUGCUCAAGUAUGACUAUGUUCUUCGCUACGUCCCAGGAAAAGAACUUAUCUUGGCGGUCAUGCUGUCGUGAGCCACAGCCGUGAAGCCGGACCAGGACGAUGCGGACCCUGACGCCGACGUGGAAAUACAUGCCGUGAGCACGGUUACGGCUCUGGUUAGCGAUGUCACACUGAAGCGGCUACACGAGGAAGCUGAAAAGGAUCCCUAUUUACGUUCCGUAAUGCCAUUCGCGCUGGCGAUAUUGUUGAAGGAGAGCUGAAACCUUUCACAGUUGAACUGUCAGUCGUGAAAGGCAUCUUACUGAAAGGUACCAAAGUGAUAGUGCCUGUGUCCAUGAGGAGCCAGAUGAUGGAACGAAUCAACGGAGGCCACAUGGACCUCAAUAAGUGUAAGGCAAGGGCAAGAAGAUUCAUUUUUUGGCCGAACAAUAAUGCAGAGAUCACAGACAUGGUCCAUAGGUGUGCUGUGUGCCAUCGCUAUGCCUAUAGUCAGCCUGACGAACCGCUGAUCAUGAGGCCAGCACCAAAAUACCCAUGGUAUAGGGCCGGCAUCGACCUGUUCGAAUACGGAGGAAAGUCGUAUCUGUCCGUGUAUGGCGCUCUUUAUAAUUUUCCAGAAGUGGAGGAGCUGCGUGACACAUCGGCGAAAACCGUCAUCUACAAUCUGGGCGCCAUAUUUUCGAGGUAUGGUAUUCCAUAUGAGGUGUGUACAGACAACGGACCCCAAUUCAGCAGCCGCGACUUCAGCCGGUUUGCAAGCAAGUAUGACUUCAGACAUGUCACCUCAAGCCCGGAGUUCCCAAGGUCCAACGGACUACCAGAGAAGGGCGUGCAGGUAGCUAAAAGGCUUUUGCAGAAAACAAAAGACGCACGAGAAGAUUUCUGGCUGGGCCUCCUGAGCUACAGGUCAACACCCUUAGAAGAUGGACGAUCGCCCGGAGAACUACUCCAAGGAAGGCGAUUAAGGUCGACACUUCCAGAUUU